AUGGGUGUUCCAGCAUUAUUUAGAUGGCUUUCUAAAAAGUAUCCUAAAAUUAUUACGCCAGUGAUUGAAGAAAACACCAAGGAAGAGAUAGGUACACCGCAAUAUAGUGACCCCAAUCCUAAUGGCGAAGUUGAUAAUCUAUACUUGGAUAUGAACGGUAUAGUGCACCCUUGUUCACAUCCCGAGAAUAAGCCGGCGCCAGAAACGGAAGAUGAGAUGCUUUUAGAUAUUUUUAAAUAUACUGAUAGGGUGUUAAUGAUGGCUCGUCCGAGAAAAGUAUUAAUAAUAGCUGUUGACGGGGUUGCUCCACGAGCCAAAAUGAACCAACAAAGAGCGAGACGUUUCAGGUCUGCACAAGAUGCUAAGAUUUCACACGAAGAAAAGGAACGACAAAUUAAAGAGAGAGAACUCAGAGGUGAGGUUAUUGAUGAUGCUAUCAAAGGUAAAAAAUCAUGGGAUUCAAACGCAAUUACUCCUGGUACUCCAUUUAUGGAUAAGCUAGCUGCAGCUUUAAGGUACUGGGUUGCUUAUAAGCUUUCAAGCGAUCCUGGUUGGGCUAAUUUACAGAUCGUUAUCAGUGAUGCUUCAGUUCCUGGUGAAGGUGAGCAUAAAUUAAUGAAUUUUAUAAGACUGCAACGACUGGAUCCCGAGUACAAUCCCAAUACAAAGCAUUGUAUCUAUGGAUUAGAUGCAGAUUUGAUUUUCUUAGGCUUGGCGACGCAUGAACCUCAUUUUAGAGUUUUGAGAGAAGACGUGUUUGCUAAUCAAUCUAGGCAAUUGAAAGUUUCUGAUCAAAUUCUGAUGACGCAGGAACAGAAAGAUGCUUUAGUGGAAAAGGAUGGUCAGAAGCCAUUUUUAUGGCUUCAUGUGAAUGUAUUAAGAGAAUACCUAGAAGUGGAAUUAUUCAACCCUCACUUACCUUUCCCGUUUGAUUUAGAACGGGCUAUUGAUGAUUGGAUCUUUAUGUGCUUUUUUGUGGGUAAUGAUUUUUUACCGCAUUUGCCUAGUCUUGAUGUUAGGGACAAUGGAAUUGACAUUCUCGUGAAUUGUUGGAAGAGAAUAUUGCCAAAGCUUAAGGGAUAUAUAACAUGCGAUGGGAACCUCAAUUUGGAUGGUGUUGAAAAACUUCUAGCUUCGUUGGCUUAUAAGGAGGAUGAUAUAUUUAGGAGAAGGCAUGAAUUCGAAAAACGAAGGGAAGACAAUGAUAAAAGACGUAAAGUGGCGCAGGAAGAAGAAAAAGCAUUGAAGGCUCAGUACAUGCAGCAAGUAUCAAAAGGAUCUGACAAGGCACCAUUAACUGCUGAUACCAACAUGCCAUUAUUUACCACUAGCGGUGAGUCUGUCGAUGGGUUUGCGACCUUGACAAAUAAAGAAAUCGUUGCCAAUAGGGACAUUAUUACCAAGGCUAAUAUGUCCAAUGCAGAUGCAGCUGCUUCUCUAAAGGCUCUUCUUGACUCAAAGAAGAGCGAUAAUAUCAGCGCUGCAGAAGCAGUUCAAUUAUCACAAGAAAAUCAAGGCGAGAAUAAGAAUCAGGUGGUGGAUACUCAAGCUGAAAGAGAAAAGAAAAGAACAAUCGAAGAAGUCUCUGAAUCAAAUUCUCCAACGCCAGAUGCAGACAGUGAUAAAGUUAGGAUGUGGGAGCCUGGCUAUCGUAAAAGAUAUUAUCAGACUAAAUUCCAUGCAGUUACUCCUGACCAGAUCAAUGAAGCACGCAGAGACGUCGUUAAGUCUUAUUUAGAAGGUAUUUCGUGGGUUUUAUUGUAUUAUUAUCAAGGAUGCCCCUCUUGGCAAUGGUAUUAUCCCUACCAUUAUUCGCCUUUUGCUGCGGAUUUUGUUGAUAUUGCAAACAUAGUAGGUGAAGAGGGAAUAACCUUCAAAUUGGGACAGCCAUUUAGGCCAUAUGAGCAAUUAAUGUCAGUAUUGCCAGCUGCUUCGGGCCAUAAUUUGCCCGAAGUUUUUAGAGGUCUAAUGUCGGAUCCAUCAAGUGAAAUUAUUGACUUUUAUCCUGAGGAUUUUCAGAUCGACAUGAAUGGUAAAAAAAUGAGUUGGCAAGGGAUUGCGUUGUUACCCUUUAUCGAUGAAGAUCGUUUACUUAAAGCAGUUCAAGCUCAAUACCCAUUAUUGAGUGAAUACGAGGAAGACAGGAAUACUCUUAAACAUGAUGUGUUAUUCAUAUCAAAUGAAAAUAAGAACUAUCGAAAGUUUAACGAACAUCUUUAUGGAGAAGUGACAACACAAGUUGUGUCAUUCAGAUCAUCGAAGACUGGUUUGGCUGGAACCGCUUCUUCUAUUGAAAAUUUCAAAGGGAAUGCAAAAAUGAUAUUUCCUUUAAAACAAGGAAACAUGCCAGAUAUUCAAAAUAGUGACUACUUGCAAGUUACUUAUAAGAUGCCACCGAAGAAACAUGGAAAAUCCAUGCUAUUAAAUGGCUAUAUCCCACACGUUAAAGCCUUGACACAAGAAGAUAAAGAUGGGAUCCUCUAUGGACAGGGUAGGAAUGCUGGAAGCAGAUUCCGCACUCCAAACGAUAAUAGUAGCUAUAUUAACACGGGUCCUUGUGGAAAGGAGCUCUAUUUGACUUAUAGUAUGCGUUUCGGUGGCUAUAGGUCCUUUUUACAAAUGACGAAGCAAAAUAAUCAUGGCUUCGAAAUGAGGUCAAACUUCAACAAAGCUAGCUAUCGUCAAAAUACUUACAACGGUAAACAAACAGGAUAUCAAAACAACUACAAUAAUCACAAGUUCAACAACUCUAACAGGGGACCGCCAAACCAGCAGUAUAACCAUUAUAAGCGUGGCUAUAAUAACAAUUUUAAAGGAAGCGUAGGCAAUCAGGGCAGAUACAAUCAUGGAUACAAUAAUGAUAGUUAUAACAACUACAAUAACAACUACAAUAGCAACUACAAUAAUAGCUACAAUCAAACUCAUCACAACAACUACAACAACAGUUAUAGUAACAGGCAAUCUACUUUUAACAAUGCUCAACAUACAAACAAUAGGUUUAACGAUGGAGGCCAUCAGCAAGAUCACCAGAGGUUCCCUAAUAAUAACAGGGGUCCCGGAAACUCUAGUCAAGGCUACAAUGGCUAUAGGCGUUAG